AUGUUUGCAGCCACUGCAAGACGACUAGCUCAGUCGGGCAAAGACUCUCUCCCCAAGCAGGUGCCCUUCACCGUGUUCAACAACCCGUACCAAGCACGCAAAGUAUGGCCCCCCAACUUCAAGGAGUUGAACCACGCACAGCAGCUGCGCUUUGAAAAGAAGUACAAGCGCAGAAUAUUCCUGGCCAGCAGGUCGCCACGGUGGGAAAAGGGCGUCAAGUUUGCGCAGCUGGCAACAAUCGCAGCCGCCCUUGUCUGGCUGCUUUUUUAUUCCGAGUUUGAAUGGUGGGGGAAGCAAUACAAGCCGUCCGAAGAGAUGCGCCGUCACGCGCGCAACCUUUUCGGAGUCAUUGACCCGGAGAAGCGCUAUGAGCGACGACCGGACGCUCCAGAGCCAAAGCUGUCGACGCAACAGCCCGAAUCUAAACCCAAAUAA